AAAUACUACGUGUCUCAUGUAGAGGACUAAAAUGACGCCGGAAGUCGAAGACGUAUGUAUGUCGUGUAAAAGAUCCACACAUGCAGAGUCAGGCAGUAUGCUGUGUCCUCUAGGGCCUUUUGUACCUAUAUACCGAUACAUAUAUAUAUAUUACGUAUGACAGCGGUGCGUAUUCAUACUCUGGUGAAUAUACAUAGAUUGAGUUUAUCUUCAUGAUUUCGCGUUGGACCGAUUGCUGCAAUUGUUUAUGAAGUAAAAGAUGAAUCUGACUGCGGGCAAUCCGCAUGCCAACGGCCUUAUUUAUGCCGGUUUCAAUCAAGAUCAAGGAUGCUUUGCUUGUGGGAUGGAAAAUGGCUACAGAGUCUACAACUGUGACCCUCUGAAAGAAAAGGAGAGGCAUGACUUCAAUGAUGGAGGACUUGGAUACGUAGAGAUGCUUUUUAGGUGUAAUUAUCUUGCACUGGUGGGAGGGGGUAGUAAACCUAUUCAUCCAGCGAAUAGAGUUGUGAUAUGGGAUGACCUGAAAAAAAUACCGGCGAUCACCUUAGAAUUCAAUGCCCCAGUGAAAAGUGUUAAAUUAAGAAGAGACAGGAUAGUAGCUAUUUUAGAGGGUGUCAUUAAAGUCUAUACGUUCACCCAAAAUCCAGUGCAACUCCAUGUGUUUGAGACCAAUUCGAAUCCGCGAGGGCUGUGUGUGUUAUGUCCAAACAGUGAUAACUCCCUUCUCGCUUUUCCUGGGAGGAAAAAUGGUCACGUUCAAAUAGUUGAUUUGGCAAAUACUGAGAAGCAACCGUUGAAUAUUGAAGCUCAUGAAACACCAUUAUCGUGUAUUGCUCUAAAUCUUCAAGGAACAAGACUAGCUACAGCUUCGGAAAAAGGAACUUUGAUUCGUGUUUUCGACACUCAGAGUGGGAAUAUGAUCAAUGAAUUGCGACGUGGCGCUAAUCAUGCCAAUAUUUACUGUAUAAACUUCAAUCAGGACUCCACAUGGCUAUGUGUAGCCAGUGAUCAUGGAACAGUCCAUGUAUUUGCCGUUGAAGAUCAAAAACUGAACCGCCAGUCGAGUCUUGCGUCUGCCACUUUCCUGCCAAAGUACUUCAGCUCCAGCUGGAGUUUCUGCAAGUUUCAAGUACCAGGUGGUUCCCAAUGUAUGUGCGCGUUUGGCAUCAAUAAUAGUAUUAUAGUAAUUUGUGCAGAUGGGAGUUAUUAUAAAUUUGUGUUCAACAACAAAGGCGAAUGCACCCGAGAUUUCUACGCGCAAUUUCUUGACAUGACCGACGAAAAAAUGUGACCCGACUCGGAAUCCUAAAGCGACUGAAUAAAGAACUAUAUCGAAUUAUAAAAAAUUAUUUUACCUUAGAUUUUCUGUGCAGUGUCAAUUACGAGAAAAAAAAAGUGGGUUAAUAAGUGUUAAGUACAACCCAAAGAAAGGACUAGCGGGACGGGAUCAAGAACGCAAUGAACAUUGAACUGUCUGUUGUUAUCGUACGUAUAAUUUUUAGAGAAUAUAUUUUGCGAGCAGUUUCGCGAUGGGUCGCACUGUAGUCGCGAACUAGAUGUAUUAAUGAAGGAGUAAGAGUCUCUGUUACCUGAGAUUAUGAUGACCGUACGAGUUGUGACGAUACGCAUUAACUAGACAUAGAUUAUUAUAAUUAUAAGUCUCAUCCAAAGUCUCUCAAAACAUAUAGUCAAUGAUAUUACUGAAUUUAUUUUGGUUAGAUUCAAUGGACAUAAUCGACUGCAUAGAAAGUAAUUUAAUUUUAUCCCGUGAAUUUUAUCAUUCGUACUCUCUCUGUCGAGAGAAGAUAUUCGUUAUAUACAAUUAUUUGAUAGUUAUAGAUGAACCGGUCAACUUAUGAGUUCACAGAUAAGUUUUAUUAAAAAAUUGAGAACAGAUUUCCGUUCGCAAUAAACUCACCAGUACCCUUGACCGUCUGGAACAGUUAAUGGAAUAAUUUUUGAAGCUUAAAUCAUCGAAGCUUUCUUAAUAAUUUAAUUAAACACUGAUAAUAGAUAUACACAGGAGAAAAUGACUACUUUAUGAAUGCCGUAAUUGUCAUGAGUUUAGUAAAACUUAAUUACUUCUAUCUGAUAAAAAUACUUUAAGUCUUUUAAAUAAACAAAUCGUAUACAUUUAAUCUACUGAAUUAAUAACGGAACUAUCAGCCAUUCUGCCUAGAUUCUGCAAUAGAAAUACACAUCUAUUAAAAACAAUAAAUAAUUUAAAUAUAAAAAAGAUUACGAAUCCUAGUGCCAUAAUUUAUGUGUUAUAAAAUUCCUUUUAUCACAUGGCAAGAACCUUAAAACUACACCUUUGUAAUCAUGCAGAAUAUUGAAAGAAACCAUUCUCCAGUCUUUAUUUAAGCUAAGGAAUAAAUUGCUUGUCCUAGUAUAAAUGAUUGUGCAGUAUCGAAUCCGCAUUGAUACACUUGUUUACACAUAUUAUUAUUUUCCUAAAUAUAUCUACGUGCGCGAUUACAAGUCUUGCUCUGCGUAUCAAAGAUUUAUUAUCGUUUCCAAAAAAUUGCGCCCAUUUCAUUAACAUUCCGUGCGCAUUUUUCAUCGAGAAAAAUAAUUUACUGACGUUAUGAUAAUAGUGUGAUCUCUUUAGUUAGUAGUUGAUAAUUAAGAAAAUUGAGGAUAAAUUCUUGCUGAGUUAACAAAAAAUGGAUCUACAAGGUUGUGUGCCAGAUGAACGAUCAAAGGAAUAGUAAU